GGGAAGCGCGAUCGCCACUAAGAGCUCGGGCUUGCAGGGGCGGGGCGUCCUGGGCACCCGGGAUUGGAGUGUCAGGAGCUGUCUCCCGUCGUGCACUGGGGCACUAACCACUCACCCGGAAGGAGAAGCCUAGAGUGGCUAUGUGGUGGGGCGCUGGCGGUGUCGCUGUGGCGAGUGGGUGCUGCUCUCAGAUGUUUUCUUCCAAUGGGCUUUUGGUGUAGGAUGUUGGAGAACCAAGAGCAAGAGGAGGUGAUCACUGUGCGUGUUCAGGACCCCCGAGUGCAGAAUGAAGGCUCCUGGAAUUCUUAUGUGGAUUAUAAGAUCUUCCUCCAUACCAACAGCAAGGCCUUUACUGCCAAGACGUCCUGUGUGCGUCGCCGCUACCGUGAAUUCGUAUGGUUGAGAAAGCAGCUACAGAGAAAUGCUGGUUUAGUGCCUGUACCUGAACUUCCUGGGAAGUCAACCUUCUUUGGCAGCUCAGAUGAAUUCAUUGAGAAGCGACGACAAGGUCUGCAGCACUUCCUCGAAAAGGUCCUGCAGAGUGUUGUCCUCCUGUCAGACAGCCAGUUACACCUCUUCCUGCAAAGCCAGCUUUCAGUACCAGAGAUAGAAGCCUGUGUCCAGGGCCAAAGCCCCGUGACUGUUUCUGAUGCCAUUCUUCGCUACGCUAUGUCAAACUGCGGCUGGGUCCAGGAAGAGAGGCCAGGCUCUCCUCACUUGGCUAAAGGAGACCAACCUAAGAGUUGCUGCUUUUUCCCAAGAUCGAGCAGGAGGAGUUCUCCCUCACCGCCUCCUGAGGAAGAAAAGAACCAUUUUGAGGUGUGGGCUCCUACUGUUGACUCUGAGGCUCCUUCCUUGGAAAGCCCCCCUCUCCUACCCCCUACCUCACCAUCAAGCUGUGAUUUUGCAAGACCUGAUGAGGGACCCUCUGCUCCUCAGCCUGUGAGGAGGUCCUUGGGAGGGGACCAUGCUGUACAUUUGGAUUCUAGUCAAUUAGAAACCAUUUUGGAAAAGUGAGCUCUGGUCUGAGAUCGGGGUUCUGCUCUGAGGUGGACAGAAAAGACGCAGGCAAGGAGAUGCAGGCACUUGGGUGGGACUGGGCGUAGGACAGUUGGGGAGGUUGGGCUGCUUAGUGUUUCACUGUUGCCUCUGUUCAGGUUGGUUGCAUAGAGGUUGGUCAAGACGACUCCUCAAGCUUCCUCCAUAGGGGUAAACACUAUGCACAUGUUUGUAAGUUAAGCAUAAGGUCCAGGGGCUAUUGAUUUUGAACAGAGUCCCAUGUUUAUUCUCUUGGAAGCUGAGUUUCUUUUGAUGUUUGUUAAUGGGCCCAGGAGCACUGCCUCAGGUGACUGGUUUUGGGGACCUGUAAGUGGCAGAUUUAAGCUGCCAUACUGAAUAUUGUCCCAACAGAAAUGCUUGUGCACUUGUGUUCCCACUGUCUGUGUUUUGCUGCAGCACUUUGAUUCUGGGAGGGUCUCCUUUUGCUACCUCCUUCAAUUGACAGGGUGGUGAAUAUGGAUUCUCCCACCUCCUUGCUUUUCUUCCACUAAUAGCACUGAGUGGAAUGGUGCUGUGACUCCUGUCGUUGGGGAUUUCUGCAUAGCCCAAUGCCUCAGCCUGGUUCUUUGGGGCCUGAGACCCACAAAAUAGGUCAUGGCCACCCAUAAAAGAGAAGUGGUUGUUCACAGCCAGAGGAAAGGCAAACAGCUCAGGGAGCUUUGUUUUGGAAAAGGCUGUCCUGGGCUGUCACUGUCUGCUCUGCUUAUAAAGCAGAGAUGUGACCAUCUUUUCUGCAGGAAUAGAAUGAGCUCCUUUCUUUUUUGAACCCUUUUCUUCUCCCUUAGUAACAGCUCCCUGCCCCCAGGGCUUCAGCCACUACAGUGUCCCUCUGCUGUGUGGCAGGGAGGCCGUAUGUUCAGUCCAGUGGGGCACAAGGGCUUUGUUUCUUUCUGGAGAGAGGGCUCUAGGGGUAGAGAUGAGAAACAACACGCCUUCGUUCAGACAAUGAGGCAUUCUGCCCUCCUGCUGCCAUAAUUCCUCUCCACUGAGAGCCAGACCUGGUAGGAGAUGAGUGCCCCUGGCAUUCUGCAUUGCUCUGCACUUAGGGUUGUGUGUGGUUCUCACCCACUCCCUUCCUCUGGCCAUCCCACCCUGCCUGUGGGCUCUCUUACCAGCCUAUGCUGUGGGACUGUCAUGGCAUUUAGUUCAGAGUUGAGGGGCUUUGGCCUGAAUAAAAUUCAACUAUUUAAGACUGUUGUUGCAAUUUGUGUCUAACAAGCUGUAGCAGAGAAGGAGGGAAUGAAGGCUGGCAGUAGUUACUUUCAUAAAUCAUGAAUUUAUCAGCGUGGAAAUAAUGGUUCAGAGCUGUGCACGGCAGCUCUCCUGCAUUGUGUGUGCAGCUCAAGUGCACCACUGGAGGAAGGAUUGCCUUCCAAAGAGCCAGGAUCCAGCUCUUCUCACAGUUAUGGGCAUGAACCUUGUUAGGUAUAAUUUACCUGAUGCUGCUUCCAUCCUUGCAGCCUGUCUGAGGUGCCAGGUGCUGAAAGAGAAAUAAAGUUUGUCAACAGGCAGAUGCAAAGCCCUGGCUGGGACUCAUCCCUCUUUCCUGCCUGCCUCCCCUGAGUCUCUCCUUUAUAUGGUGCAGUAGAGCAAGGCGAGGAUAGAAAACCUACAGAGGCAAAUCCAAAAUGUCAAAAGAAGUUCAUUUAAAAAGGGAAAAAAACUCCAUACACAACCCUCACAAAAACCCGACAGAUGCUAAGCUAAUGGCAUCCGCUCUGCCGAUUGGUGGGGAUGACUCAUGAAUAUUAAUGAGUCCAAUGCUCCAAAUGGUGCAGCUGUGAACCCAGCUGUGCCUGAAGCUCUCUGAUCUCAAAACUUCCAGACAGGAGCCGGAGGUGGUCUGUGUCAAUUCCCUACUCAGCCAAAAAACAGCAAGCUGGGUUGGCCUUCUUCUGUUCGCUCCUUUUCUUCCUGGAGUUGGUGCUCAGCAGCUAGUUCUGCCAGCAGGGUAGGCUGCUGGGACAGCAGGAGCCAUUCAAAGACACAAAUGCAAUUUUUCUGACUCCUGGCUUUUUAAUGAUCCAUUAACAGCAGUGCAUA